UCUUCUGCUUCCACCGUCAUCAACUGCACCGACACAACAUUCUCAGCCAAUCCAACCCCAAGAAUCAAAAUGUCUCCCCCAGAAUCCGACACACACACUUCCCUCGCCACGCUCGCAAAGCAAUACUUCCAAUGUGUGGACACCGACAACCCCGCCGGGGCGGCCUCUCUCUUCUCCCCGACAGCGACCUUCACCGUGGUGACCGAACACACAACCUUCACCGGCAGAGAAGAGAUCCAGGCCAUGCUGACACGGUUCAGCGCGCAAUCUAAAUCAAUGGAGCACCGUGUGCGGAACAUCGUGGUGGACGAGAAGACGAGGAGGGUUGCCACUGAGCAACGGUAUACUGGGGAGCUUAGCGAUGGGACAAAGCAGGACAUGGUUAACUGCAACUUCUUUGACGUGGAUCAGGAGGGACGGUUCACGAGAGUUAUGGUUUGGAUGGCGGGUGGAAGUCCAUUAGGUGGAAGGGAGGGGCUAUAAUUUCAUUCGAUGGUAAUGGUGAUAGUGAUGGGCCAUUGAGGAGCUGGAUGCCCGGGUCAGAGGCACUCUCUCGAUGCGUCCUACACCUUAGCAUCUUUCUACUUCGACAGCGGUGCUUUGAAGAAUCAUGGUUGCAGAUUAUGGAGAGCUAUUCCAUACUACACACUGGCAUAAAAAUACAACCCGAGGUCUCCUGCACCUCACAACAGCUCUCUGGCACGACAAACCAAGCCUCCAGGAAAAUCAAGUCAAUCUUUCACAGCGUGGUUCACCCCCUGAACCAUAUCGAGCAUACGUUGAAAUCCACCCUCACCGUACAUCAUCUCCUCCAUCAUAAUGGAGUCGAGGAUGUUUUCC